UAAAGUUGAAAGAAACCAUGAUAGAACAGAAAUAAUUCCAUGCAGUCUUUCUUCAGCUUGACAAUGAGUGGUCAAUCUAACUUUAUCAUCUUUGUUCACUUGUGUUUCAGGUCAAUCCGCUCACCGGGAUGGUGAUGAACAUCUCAGACCUCAAGGAGCACAUACAGGAAGCCAUAAUAAAACCACUUGACCAUAAGAAUCUGGACAAAGAUGUCCCAUACUUCACCAAUGUUGUUAGUACCACAGAAAACGUAGCUAUCUUCAUCUGGGACAACCUACAGAAAUACCUCUCACCAAAUUUACUGUAUGAAGUAAAGGUGUACGAAACAGACAAGAACAUUGUGGUUUACCGUGGGGAGUAGGUGAUUCCUUUGCAGUUCCUGCAGAAUUGUGGUCACUUCAGGCUGGCAUCAUGUUCAACUAUGAAUUCCAAUGGACCUGCGUACUGUUCCACACAAUGACACUGAGGUGAAAUGUCACCACUAUACAGUGUUAAAUUCUGUUAACCUGCCAAAAUAGCUCCCCCACUAGCUAAUGGGCAUUUGCCCCAUUUAGUUCAUCAUCCAGAAAAAUCUGAAAGUGCUUCAUUUUAGUGUCUAAUUGUUCUUCGAAGUUUCCACUACUCUUCCAAGAAGUCCGUUCCAUAUGUUCACUUUGUGUAUGAAGCCAUGCAUAACAAUCUGAUAUCAAUCCUAGGUUUACCUUUGGUUAAUUUGAAUUUGUGCUCCCUUGCCCUAGUGUUAUGAAUUAUCUUAAAGCAACAAUACGAUGUGUGUGUCACCAUUACCUAAUCCAUGGGGCCAAUAUCUUUGUAGUGGCAAAACAGAGAGAUCACAUUGAUGAUGAAGCUUUUCUGAUGAAGGGUCUAGGCCCGAAACGUCAGCCUGUCUGCUCCUAGGAUGCUGCUUGGCCUGCUGUGUUCAUCCAGCCCUGCACCUUGUUGUCUCGGAUUCUCCAGCAUCUGCAGUUCCUACUAUCCCAGAUCACAUUGAUACUUGGCACUCUGUCAUUUUGAUGCAGCUAAAAGGAAAGGAUGAGAAAUGCUAGGAAAUUACAUUUCUGGACUGGUGAAACCAAUAUUUUGAAUUUCAUUGCAAAUAGGGUUUACUUGACAGUACUGUAAAUUGGAUAGAACUUGGACAAAUAACUCUAAAUAUUGGGCACUAUCACAAUAAAAGCUCCACUACCCUUUGCCAUAAAUAAGGUCAUCCUUAUGCUUUGUUGAAAAACAUGUUAGGCAUCCGCAAACUGGAGGAGCAGCACAUCAUAUUCUGCCUCGGGAGCCUGCAGCCCAAUGGCCUAAACAUGGAAUUCACCAGUUUUAAAAUCUCCCCACCCCGGCCUCAUCCCACGUCCAACUCUCCCUUGUCACAAAUGGAGAUAAUUCUAAAGUUACCUUCCUGUUUCUUUCAUUCACUCAGUCUGAGGUAGCUCCAGGAUGGCACCAUAUAAUGAGUAUUACAUAUAUAGAGUUUGCUCGAUCUUUCACUCUUUCAACAAUUAGUUAAUUAGUUUCUUUGCAAGAGGAUAACUCCUGGCAAUGUUAAGUUUGAAGUAAGUCGUGGGUCAAUUACUGGCUAAGACUUGGCCUGUCCUAUGUAUUGUUAGUAUUCAGGACUAGGAUUCUUAAAUAAAACACAGUGCGAGAGAAACUCAGCAGAUCUAGCAACAUUAUUGUGGAGAGAGAAACAAAGCAAAGCUUUUGAGUCCAAUAUAAUUCUACUUAAAAACACCAGGGUUUUAAACUAGAUAAUGGUUAACUGUAGUGCCCAAACUACUGUCUCAACCCUCUCAAACAGCACAGACUCUAGUUCAAAUGUGGGCACUAUGAGCUGUGCACUUCUCUCCAUUGUGACAAUAUCAGGUAAAUAAUCAAGUGAGCUCUACUGGAUAUCUGCCUGCUUAAAACUUCUGGGCCUUGAAAUUGAGCUCUCUUACAGAAUGGUCAAGCAUACUUUUGCGAGACAGUGAAUACCAGCAGUAAAGCAUAUAUGAGUAGAAAUUUAAAGAAUCUAAUUUUGUGAAAUUCACAAUCAAAUGUGAGCAAAGACAGAGCCUUUUCCCGAAUUUCUUAAAAAAAGCCAGAUACUUGCUUUUCAACCAGACAUGAAGUUGAAUAUUGAGGUUCUAGAAAUCUGAAGCUAAGACAAAUUGCUGGGGGUCCUCAGCAUUUUUUUGAUAGAAGAUAGUCAGAUAUCCAUUGCAGGUCACUGGCCUUUUUGUCAAAACUUGCUUGAUAAAAUGUCAUCAACUGAAUUAUUAACAAUACUUUCUUUCCUCUACCGAUGAGUUCUGACCUGCUGAGUGUUUGCAACACUUUCUAUCUUUGAUGCUGGCUCAGAAUGAUUUCAGAAUGAAGUAUCCACUUGCGUGGUUGUUCAUAUGAACUGAGGACGAUGAUGUUGUCACAUCAUGUUCUUGUCCAAAUUUUGAAUGUAGAAACCAUGGAUAGGACCAAUGUAAAAUACUAAAACAUUUUCCAUUCGUUAAGAAAACUGCAUCCUUUCGAAAGUGAGAAAUAAGAUUUGUUUCUGUUCCUAAUGUGCCUGCUUUAAAGCCAUUUGACUAAAGGGGGAUAGCAGAAGAGGUAAAUAAUGGUUACAUUCCCAGCCAAACAGGUAUACGUGUAAAUUGGUAAUUAUAGUGGGACGAUUAUUGUCAAAUAUUUUUGAGCUGACGAAAGUUAUUAUCUGCUUGAGAACACAGACAAAAUGAGAAGUACCACCUAAGAAUAUCAUAAUUUAAAAAUGCAAGUUGUCAUUUUAGUGUUUGCCUAAGUGAAUCAGAUCAUAUUUUUCAUAAUCUCUCAUUAUAUUUGACAGUAGGGUUGGGAGCUCUUGGGGUCUGAUGUAAUUAAAUUGAUUUCUUAUUUAUAAUUUAUGGCACCAAAUUCAAUUUCAAAUAAAUGAAAUGAUUUAUCACACCAA